CUCUGACUGCAGUGCUGUGCGGGCUUGCGUACAUCCGUCAUGUCUGUUUGUCAGAGAGGGGAGAGGCACACAAAAAAAACACAUUGGGAGGAUAAAGAAAGGCUUUAUUAGCAGGGCUUGGAAGCAAAGAAUGCUCACCCUCCGCUCUGGAAAUUAUCAACGUGCACACCUUCCGACCGUUUGCAAAGGAUCACCCUGUCUAUUUAUCUGUUUUUUCAAAGUUUUCAAUAUUCAAGAGGCCUCAUUUGUGCCGAUGCAACAAGAAUUAAGACAAGGUGAAGCCAGAUAGUUGGGCGGCUAACCACACGGUAGGAUGCCGUCAACCAAUCGCGCAGGAAGUCUAAAAGACCCAGAAAUAGCAGAGCUAUUCUACAGAGAAGAUCCCGAAAAGUUGUUUGUGGACUUGCGAGAAAUUGGCCAUGGCAGCUUUGGAGCAGUCUAUUUUGCACGAGAUGUUCGCACUAAUGAAGUGGUGGCUAUCAAGAAGAUGUCCUAUAAUGGAAAGCAAUCUAACGAGAAAUGGCAAGAUAUUAUCAAAGAAGUCAAAUUCCUACAGAAGCUAAGACAUCCAAAUAGCAUUGAAUACAAAGGUUGUUAUCUGCGAGAACAUACAGCAUGGCUGGUCAUGGAGUACUGUUUAGGGUCAGCUUCCGAUCUUCUAGAAGUUCAUAAGAAACCUCUUCAGGAAAUUGAAAUAGCAGCCAUUACGCAUGGAGCUUUGCAGGGAUUAGCAUAUUUGCAUUCUCACAACAUGAUUCACAGGGACAUCAAGGCAGGUAACAUCCUCCUGACGGAGCCGGGCCAAGUUAAACUAGCUGAUUUUGGAUCAGCUUCCAUAGUUUCCCCAGCCAACUCAUUUGUGGGAACACCAUACUGGAUGGCUCCUGAAGUCAUUCUUGCCAUGGAUGAAGGACAGUAUGAUGGCAAAGUAGAUGUUUGGUCCUUGGGGAUUACAUGCAUUGAAUUAGCGGAGCGAAAGCCUCCUUUGUUUAAUAUGAAUGCAAUGAGUGCCUUAUACCACAUAGCACAGAAUGAGUCACCUGCUCUUCAGUCUAAUGAAUGGUCCGACUACUUUCGCAACUUUGUAGACUCCUGCCUCCAGAAAAUUCCUCAAGACAGACCCACUUCAGAGGAACUUCUGAAACAUGCUUUCGUUGUCAGGGAACGCCCUGAAACAGUGUUAAUAGAUUUGAUUCAGAGGACGAAGGAUGCCGUCAGAGAGCUUGAUAACCUCCAGUAUAGAAAGAUGAAGAAAAUCCUUUUCCAGGAAGUGCACAAUGGGCCUGCAGUGGAGGCUCAAGAGGAGGAAGAGGAACCUGAGCACAGUGUUGGUAGAACGGGCACUGUUAACAGCGUGGGCAGUAAUCAAUCCAUACCGAGCAUGUCUAUCAGUGCUAGCAGCCAAAGCAGCAGUGUCAAUAGUCUUCCCGAUGCCUCUGACGACAACAGUGAGAUUGCCAUGAUGCAGGAGGGAGACCAUACUGUUAUGUCAAACAGCUCUGUCAUCCACCUGAAGCCAGAUCAUGAUCACUAUGGCGAAGAGGUUGAGCACAGACCAAGGUGCUCAGAACCACAAUCGCCACCUCCAGUCUCCCGACAUAAAUCACAUUACCGGAAUCGAGAACAUUUUGCCACAAUACGCACAGCUUCCUUGGUCACACGGCAGAUUCAAGAGCAUGAACAAGAUUCUGAGCUUCGAGAGCAGAUGUCUGGUUACAAACGCAUGCGGCGCCAACAUCAGAAACAGCUGAUGGCGCUGGAAAACAAGCUGAAGGCAGAGAUGGACGAGCACCGACUACGGCUUGACAAGGAGUUGGAAACACAACGCAACAGUUUUGCUGCAGAGAUGGAGAAACUCAUUAAGAAACACCUGUGUAUUAUGGAAAAAGAGACCAAAGCAGUUUCUACUGAAGAAAAGAAAUUUCAACAGCACAUACAGGCACAGCAGAAGAAGGAACUGAGCAGUUUCCUGGAAUCGCAAAAAAGAGAAUAUAAACUACGUAAAGAACAACUAAAAGAGGAAUUGAGUGAAAAUCAGAGUACUCCAAAGAAGGAAAAACAAGAAUGGUUGUCCAAGCAGAAGGAAAACUUCCAGCAUUUUCAGGCUGAAGAGGAGGCUAACCUGCUGCGGCGGCAACGGCAGUACCUCGAGCUGGAAUGUCGUCGCUUCAAACGGCGAAUGUUGCUCUCACGCCACAACCUGGAGCAGGAUCUAGUGCGAGAGGAGCUGAACAAAAAACAAACACACAAGGACCUGGAGCAUGCGAUGCUGCUGCGCCAUCACGAGUCCAUGCAGGAGCUGGAGUUCCGGCAUCUCAACACCAUCCAGCGGAUGCGCAGCGAGCUCAUCAGGCUGCAGCACCAGACCGAGCUUACCAACCAACUGGAGUACAACAAGCGUCGCGAGCGGGAGCUCCGGCGUAAGCACGGCUUGGAGGUUCGGCAGCAGCCCAAGAGUCUGAAGUCAAAGGAGCUGCAGAUCAAGAAGCAAUUCCAGGACACGUGCAAGAUCCAGACACGGCAGUACAAGGCGCUCCGCAACCACCUGCUGGAAACUACCCCCAAGAGUGAGCACAAAGCUGUGCUGAAGAGACUCAAGGACGAGCAGACACGCAAGCUGGCCAUACUCGCUGAACAGUACGAUCACAGUAUCAAUGAAAUGCUGUCCACACAAGCAUUGCGCCUGGAUGAAGCUCAGGAAGCAGAAUGUCAGGUGCUGAAAAUGCAAUUGCAGCAGGAACUCGAGCUGCUUAAUGCAUACCAGAGUAAAAUCAAGAUGCAGACUGAGGCCCAGCACGAUCGUGAACGCAAGGAGCUGGAGCAGAGAGUCUCACUACGCAGAGCCCUGCUGGAACAAAAGAUUGAGGAGGAGAUGCUGGCAUUGCAGAACGAACGCACUGAGAGAAUACGAAGCUUACUGGAACGUCAGGCACGGGAAAUCGAGGCUUUCGACUCUGAGAGCAUGAGACUUGGCUUCAGCAACAUGGUGCUUUCUAAUCUGUCUCCAGAGGCUUUCAGCCACAGUUACCCUGGAGCCACCAGUUGGUCUCAUCACCCUUCUGGAGGAGCUGGACAUCACUGGGGUCACCCCAUGGGUGGCCACCACCCAGCCUGGGGUCACCCGAUGUCAGGUGGAUCCCACCCCUGGGGGCAUCCGGCCGGCCCAGUGGUGGCGGUGCCCAGAGGUGGGGGUAUGGGGGUGCGCAAUAGUCCGCAGGCACUCAGGCGGACAGCUUCCGGGGGCAGGUCUGAGCAAGGCAUGAGCAGAAGCACAAGUGUCACAUCGCAAAUCUCAAAUGGUUCACACAUGUCUUACACAUAAGUUGAAUUGGCCAGGGGACAGGUGUGUUACUGCUCUCAUGCCUCCAUGCUCUGCACAACCCCCCCCACCCAUUUGCAUCAUUUUGAAAGCCUUCUAUUGGUACAUUGGUCGCGGUGCAGAGUGCAGGCAUGCUUUUUUUCGCCUUUCAGGAAAAACAGGUUUUUUUGUGUUAGUACAGAGUUUCAUUUGUCAACAUUUCAUACUGUAUUCAUCCGUCUGAUCAGUCCUUGAAACACGUGAACAAAGGCCAAAAGAAAAUAGUUGUUGAACCUGGCGAUCCCCAGCUGGUGGCUGUGUGGGUUUUAGUCCCAUCCCUCUCUACAUCCUCAGCAGCAUCCUUCCUUAUUGUGGCUUGACUCACUUUACAUCUUAAAACAAAACACAACACUAUAGAUUGCUAUUAGUUUCUGCCGGCCAUGUCACCGUAUACCUUUCAAGGGCUGAACCAGUAAUCUCACCAGCUGCUAACGAUCGCUAUAUUUGUUUGUCUGCUGCAAUGGGUAUUGUAUGGAAAGCAAAAUACAGGAGGUUUACACUCCAUCCCAUGAGCAGAAAAUGAAUGUUGUAAUCCAGACUGGUGGUUGUGCUGUGUCUGGGAAUGGGACUGUAUUCUAGUCUGGUACAGCAUUGGUAUUUAUCAACAGCCUCAAACCUGCAUUCGUUUAGUGAACACAGAUCAGUUACUCAUCUGGCAUUAACCCGUUGCUACAUUAUCUGUGAUAUAUUUAGCCACUAACAUGUCCAAAAUAUGGACACUAGUUAAUAGGAGGAAUAUUAAUUUUAACUAAUACAUAACAGUGAUGCCAUAAGUAAGUCGCCAAAUGAUAGAUUAAAGGAAAAACUGCCUUCUGCUAAAUGUUUUGAUCUGUCCCGUUCCGUAAUAUCCAGAUUUGUUCAUUAAGUGCAGCACUUCUUUUGGGCAAUGGCACGCCUCCCUACUGGGCAUGUCACGUGACCACGGGGGCGGCGCUGAGCGUGUCACGUGACCACGGGGGUGAUGCGGAGCGUGUCACAUGACCACGGGGGUGACGCUGAGCGUGUCACGUGACCACUGGGGUGACGCUGAGCGUGUCACGUGACCACGGGGGUGACGCUGAGCGUGUCACGUGA